AUGGCUUUCCAAGUAUCAGAAGUAUGCCAGGUUUUUCUGUUAAUCGCUUUGUUGCUCCCCUCGUUUAAUGGGAUUACAAAAUCCCAAGCCACACAACCCUCCAAACAUGACGAAGUUCACCGCGCGAAAAGUGAGAUCGACUCGUUGAUUUACAAGUUGACUUUAGAUUUGAAAUCUUUUAACGAAAAGGAAACUAAGGCCGAGGCUAUGCAGAAGGAUGCCGCGAAAUUGACUCGUGUCGCCAAAGAAGAAAUCGCCCUGUUGAGGCCAGUUCAACAUCUUUUGGAAAAGCUCUCCAAGGGGAAUACUUCGAGAUAUCAGCCCUGUAUGGUCUGGUCAGGCGGUAAAAUACCAAUACGAAUUGAAACAGUAUCUCUACUGCCCAAGCACUUUACUAUAAGUGUAGCAGGUAAAGUUAAAGAAUUUUUUCCCCGAAUUUUUUAACUGGAUAAAAGUAUUCACAUUUCAAUAUUUUUCAGCGAAUCGAAGCAAUAAAGUUCUUUCGAGACCUGCUUUGAGCGAAGUCGAGACAAGCAAUGAAAACACUAAGAAAUAUUAAAUUCAAAUGAUACAUUUGCGUUUUGAACUUUCAAAUAUUCAACGUAUAACAAGGGGAGGGAAGAAGAAAGAAAUCUAAAGUGAGAAUAGUAACAAAUUAUUCAACGUUUCAAAACUGUUGCUGACCCCUUAAACCAGUCAGUCAAUGAAUUCAGCCUAAUAUUUUACCAGUUUUACGAAGUGAAAUAUGUGUCGGUAAGCUUUGCAUUGUCUGAGAGUUAUGUUAUGUUGACAAUAGUUGACAAAAAAUGAGAGUAAUUGACCUCUGUUAUUUUGCGUGAUAUCAUUAAGCUGUUUAUCUAUUAGUAAUUUCCGCAGACAUUUCCGGAGAUAAACCUAGUGAUUAAUCGAACCAAUCACGAACAACUACACGGUUUUUCUAAAUCAAUCCUUGUGUAACUGAUCGGAUGCGGGUUAAAAAAAGAAAAAAGGACAAUUGAGAUAGAAAGAGAGUUGAGUGGAAGCGAACGUGUUUGUUGUAAAACUAAGAGAUCGUGGUUUAUAUUGGAAUAAAACGUGGAAAUCUACUUUAUCGUGACUUUUGUUGGAGAGCACUGUUCUUGGAGGCGAACAAAUCUCCAAAUAUCUACCUGUGAAAAUUAGUGUGAUAGAACCAAGAAUAAAUAAUAGCAUGUUUUAAUAGCACGUGAAAUAAGGUAUAACAAUAAAGAUCAGUUAUUUGUGGUAUUUAUUGCAUCAAAACGUGUCACUCAGCUACAAAUCAUGCUAUCGCACAAAACUAGACAUAAAACCUGAUUCUCAAAUAAAUCUUCCUUACCUUCAAAUAUAAUAGGAAAUUAUCUGCUAUUCUUUUUUCAAGGUUGACUGAAAAAUUUUUUUCCCAGAUUUGGUUCUUACCCUUGAUCAAUAGUGAAAAACUUCAAAUGACUUGCGACAUUGAUUGGCAUGAGUCUUCUUUCCUCAGUAAACCACCGAGAGAUGCUAGACCGCGGACGACUGACACGUGAAGAUGGCGAAGAUUUGCAGGUCUAUUACCAUGACAACGGGCAGCAACCGUUCCAAAUUGACCGCGUUCUCAGUGGCCUGGGAACAAAAUCAGCAACUGUCCACUUUCGACUGCAGGCUCCGAUAUCAUCCAACACCGCUGAUGACGUGUCUUAUUUUUUGGUCCUCGGUGCUUCGGUCAGCGGAAGUGCCAUGGACGAUCCUGCCAAAGUGUACGCAUUUUUCGACGAUUUUUCGAGUGCGUCGUUAAAGAAAGAAUGGGUGAAAAACUGGGGGAAAUGGAGCGUGGAAAACGGGAGCUUGCUGGGAAGCACAAUGCAGAGUAAAGAUUUAAGUAAAGAUGCCAUUGAGGUCGGGCUUUAUCUCAAAUCAGGUUUUCAGUGGAAAGAUGUUGAGGUCGAGCUUGACUUAAUGGAAAAAGGGACAACGAAUAGCGCUCCUGGGUCAUUACUGCGCCUCAGUAAUGCGGGCCUGUCCAAAACGACGGGUUGGUGGUUUGAAUACUACAUAAAACGUGGCAGUACCUGUACAAUGAGACCCUUGUUCAAUAACAACGACGCCGGCUGGCAAUACAACACAACGUUACCCACAGCUUUCCAAUUAAACAAGUGGUUUAACUUCAAAUAUCGAGUGAUGGGUGACAGAUUCUCUCAAUGGGCGAACGGCAAAGUUGUACACGACAACAUCCAAGUGAGCUCGAAAUGGAUGAUACCAGCAGGGACAUUUGGACUGGGAUGCCAUCACUCCCCCCACAACUGUAAAACCCUUUAUGACAAUAUCAAAGUGACUUUCGUGGUUUCUACACCCCCAAACAUCACCCUGAGUUCUUUCCAGUCAUUCCUUCCCAAGAAAAGCGCUCUGUUAGGCGAGAAAAAGCUUCCUGCGGACUCAUGCAAACAGAUCCAUGAUGCAAGUCUUGCGAACAACAAACCGCGUGCUAAGAAUGGCGUUUACUGGAUCAAGACAGACCUCCAAGGCAGCUCGUCAGUGCAGACUUAG